UGUGGCUCAGCUUAAGGAGAAGGUUCGAGAUCAGAUGGGAAUAGAGCCGAGCCUGCAGCGUCUUAUUUUUUGUGGAAGAGUCCUUCAGAAUGAGAAAAAGCUAUCGGAUUAUGACGUCCAAGGCAAGGUGGUGCACCUGGUGCAGCGAGCGCCUCCCGGACCCGAGACGCGGAGCUCCAACGCCCCGCGGUUCUCCACCAGGAGCCGCCCCCAGAUGCACGCCAGCACCACCUUCGGCGGGCCCCCCGGCGACGACGGCGAGUUCCAGCAGGAGAUGCGUCGGCUGAUGAAUCUGGCUGGAGCUUCCGAGUACGUCUUCGACGCCAACCAACAGGCUUUGUCACCAACUGCCGGGCGCAUGGAAAUCGCGCGCCGCCUAAUUGCCGAAAUCAGAAUGUCUCUAGGGUUCUUACGAGCCCACAUCAAUGGAGAGGAAGUUUCUCGGGAACCAGCUAGCAGCGAAGCCCCAGUAGAACCCAUGGAUUGUGACCCAACGCCUAGCGCCCCGCCCGAGGAGAGGGAACCUCAGUUCGAUGAGAGCGGCGAGGAGAUCCCUCAUGACCCUGCCGCCGCUCGAAGCCAAGGCGCACGUCGCAGCAGGAUUUCUCGCUCGCUGCGUUCGCGACAGACGCAGCCGCGUCACUUGGCCCAACUCAUCGACGACCUGAAUGAGCUUCACGAGCAGUUUUCCCCGCACCGAUCCAACUACACCGCCCUUCUACGAUCGCACACUAUUUCCGAAACUCCAACAUAUUCUGACGAAGAGCGCGUUCAUGCGCAGCGCACUGUCGAGAUGACCACCGACUUAAUGCACAGCUUCGCGCACGCGUACCACGUGCUCAGUGACGUAAUGUUCCAGGUCGGCAGCCCGCGCCUCAGGUCCGAGACCUCCGUCACCAUGCAGGCUCAAAUUAACGUGAUUUCGGCGACGCCAGUGACCCGCCGCGCGCCGCAAGGCGGCGUCCCCAACACCACGGCCACCGCCACCGCCACCAGCGCCACCGCCACCAACGCUAACCGCACCGGCGCCUCCGCCACCCAGACGAGUGCCGCCGGUCAGCAACGCGGCAUCGCCUCCGGUAGGAACACAUUCCAUCAGGCUCACAAUAUUAACAUAGAACCCGAACCUUAUCAAAUAGAAAUAGAAAUCCGAAGGCAUCGACGCGCGAGAAGAAGGUGCCCUCAUUUAGAUCCGCAAACUCAAAAUCAGCUAAAUGACCUCAAUGAACCUCCUGAUCUGAACUCACAGCGAACUCGACCGAAUCAAAGUGCCCAAAACCUGACUGAUCAACAAAACCAGGCUGACCAACAAAACCAAGAUGGUCAGCAAAACCAAGGUCGAGCCGAUCGGCGCCGACAAAUUCGUCAGGAUCUUGAGAAUCUAUUCAGGGGCAUGGGCGCUGCUGGCCUCGGCGGCGUCGAAGUGGUCAUGAGCAUGGAAGAGUUGCCCACGGUCGCACAGGUUGCUCUUGGAAAUCUUGGCAACCUGGCCACCGGGAACGUAGAUGAGCUGGGGCCCUCUCCGCCCCACCCGCCCGGCGCUACCGUUGAUGGCGGAGUUUAUUUCGCCCCGAUGGCCACAUUCGCCACCGGCACGCCAGACAACAUGAUGCAGAACAUCUUGCAGCAGCUCGUGCGCCAGGGCAUGCUGCCCAACGAGGGCAUCACCAUCCACCCCUCGCAGGGCCAGCAGCCCAUCCGCAUCCCGCACACCGCGGGCCGCCGCUCCCACGCCGCGGCCGCCGCCGCCGCCGCCGCCGCCACCACCACCAACGCCGAAACUCAGACCAACGUGCAAGGCGUCGAUUCCGUCCUCCUGAUGCCCGGCACUGAAGUGAUCGAACUCGAGGCGGGCGAGGAGGACAGCCAAAUCCUCCAGGCUUCCAGUGACGAGUCCCAGGACGAGUCCCAGGAGGAAUCCCAGGAGGAGUCGCAGGAGUUCUCCUGCGGACACGCGCACGAUUCCCAAGAGGAGGGGCAGGACUCGCAGGACGACGCUCAGGAGGACUCCCAGGAAGACACCGCCGAGGACUCGCAGGAGGAAGCGCAGGAUGAGAUCAUGCAGGAGGUGCAAGUGCGCCAGGACCAGGCGCCGGCGCCGGCGCCGUCCGCGGGGCGAGGCCAAGGUUUUGGACCCGGGCAUGUUACAGGUCAAGGACAUGUACUCGGGCGUGGGCUUGCACAGGGGGAAAUGCUUGCUCAAGGGCACGCGCCAUCAGCUCCAUCGGCUCCCGGCCAACCGCCGGCCGCUCAGUCGGCCCCGCGCGAAAUCAAUUACGGUGAAGGUACACCGCUCGGUCAUCAGGAACAACCGGUUGGCCGCAUUCCACCGCGAGAACAGUCGAGUCGCCCUUUGACUUUCCCUGCAGAACCGGCCGGUGAAGGCCCCCCGUUGCCUCAUCAGCAACCGACCAGCCAGCUCGGCCAACCGAUAGGCCAGGGUCCCAUUCUCGGCGGCGGUAUUAUCGGACAGUCUCUCAGUCCGAUCCAAGUCAUCGGCAACAAUGCCAUAUACGGGCCUCCGCCCGAUCCCUUUGCUCUCCUCCACGGGGACUGCCCCCGCGUGGGUCCGAACGCACCGCGGGUGCAAGCGCUGGCGCGUGCCCAGGCUCAGGCACAGGUUCAGGCCAUGGCCCAAGCCCAAGUUCAGGCCCAACAAGCCCAGGCUCAGGCACAAUCCCAGGGCCAGGCUCCAUCCCAAGCCUCGGGAGAGAGCCCCGCCACUGCUGAGACACAAGCCUCAGGUCAAACCCAAAGCGCUGGCCAAGCCCCAGGACGCAACGAGGGCCCACCGUCCCCGCAACCAGAUUUAAAUGAAUCGGGAAUGAACAGGGAACCUGGUAUAAGUAUUCGCCGCGCCACUUUCAACACUCGCGCUCAAGCCCAGGCACUGGCCAUGGCCAAUAUGUUCUACGACAGAUUCUUGCAGUGCGACAGCCCUCACGCUCGUCGCCGACAGGCCAGGCGCAGGGCCUAUUGGAGCCAUCAGCAGCAUUUGCUGGAACAGCGCGACACCAUCCGCAACGAGCGAGCUGCCCAGCAAAACAUCGAGAGCCUGUCUCUCCGCCGCGCACAGAUUCGACCGACGCACAUGUGCACUAUUUUGACGCUCUUGAACGGAGAAUCCUCUCCCCAGGCGUAUGUGAACGCUUUCAUGGUUGCUAUGAGCCGCCAGCUGUACAUGAACGAUUUGCUGACCGCGUCCAACGGAAUGCCCGCGCUGAUUCCCCACGAGUUCGCGUCGAUCCGCCUUCUCAUGCGCAACUUCAUCCACGAUCUCAUCACCGAAUCGCGCAGCGGACAGAACGACCACGCUUUCCAGAAUGCCGCCGAUUUUCUUGUCGCCCGUUAUUCCCGAUUCAUUACUAACAUGGAGAACAUUGCUGAGAUGAACCCUCAGUAUGACGUAGUGGAAUCGAUCCGCGCAUUCGUCCGCUCCCGGCUGCCGGCGUUCAUCGCCUCGAUGCUCUGCGAUUCUGUCACCGAUCAGUUCGUGUCUCGAUUCUAUUCGAUGUUCUUGCGUCUGUUCACCGAGUUGUGCGCUCUGGUGUAUCACAUGUGCGCUCAAGGCGAGGUGGGACUGCGCCGCAUUGUCAGGAUGUUUUUGGAUCAUAUCGUGGAGAACUUUGAUGAGUAUUCCCGCGCUGCCAUCCUCACCGUGGGCAUGGACAACGUCGUGGGCCUGAUGCCCAACGUGCCCGGCCACGUCGACAACAUUCUGCAGUUCAUCCGCCGCAUGGACGGCGUCAUGCCUGAUAUUCAUUUCUAGCUGCAACCCCGGCAUCCUCCUACGCCGAUGGAGGUAACUCCGGCACCGCGCGAAGACCCCGAGCCGAGGCAGGCG